CUCAGGUCGGUCGGGAGAUAGUCAAGAGGCGAAACUUUGUGAGUCUAAGUUCUAAACCUUUCUGCCUUUUAUAACGGUGCAAACACCUGCGAUGCUUUUGUUUUCUACAUUAUUGCCCAGUUAUCGUCCCUUCUUGAUCGUAACAUUGUUUUUUGUGUAUUAUUUUCAUUUCUCUACAAAGUGUGUGAACCCGAAUUAACUUUUUGGAAGAUAUUUUAAAUGAGUGCGUCUGCGGCUGUUGGUUUGUGCUGAGGAGAGAGAUCGAAGACCGAUUCCUGUAGCCUGUAUUUUAAAUCACAAAUCCAGGCAAAAUGAAGUACAGGAUUUUGGUCUUAUUUGCUGUUUAUCUAGCAGUCGAUUUGGUCCAAGCGGGUACCAAGUCAUUCCAGGGUCCGUGUGGAGGCAGGGACUGCAGCGGAGGAUGCCAGUGUUUCCCUGAGAAAGGCAGUCGGGGUCGGCCAGGUGCCUUGGGGCCUCAAGGGCCUAAGGGGCCUCCAGGGUUUCAAGGUCCAGAGGGGUUAACUGGACCAAAGGGCGAUAAGGGGCACCCCGGACUGCAAGGGCCAGGAGGCCCUAAAGGAGACAAGGGACCAAUGGGGGUUCCAGGUUUUCCAGGUGUCAAUGGAAUUCCAGGUCAUCCUGGCCAGGGCGGCUCCAGGGGUCUGCCAGGCCUGGACGGCUGCAAUGGGACGAUGGGAGACACCGGGACCAGGGCGAGAGAUGGGAUACAAGGAUCACCAGGCUUCUCAGGUCCCACUGGUCCAAAAGGUCAGAAAGGAGAGCCUGUCUUUGUGGGAGGAGGCAUUGGUUUGAGGGGAGAGCCGGGGCUGCCAGGUCUAGACGGUUUGACAGGUGCGAGGGGUCCAGCUGGCUUGCCAGGGCUGGUUGGUCCGAGAGGUCGCAGUGGUCCUGCGGGUUUACCAGGUUCCCCAGGCCUCCCAGGACCCAUUGGCAAUAUGGGGGUUGGUUUCCAGGGAGAAAGAGGAGACAAGGGAGAGGUGGGCCAGCCUGGCCUCCCAGGGCAACCAGGGACAGACACCCAAGUAGGCGGGCCGUCAGUGAGCAUUGUCUUCAAAGGAGAUAAGGGCGAGCCGGGCAGCUUUGGUUUUCCUGGGCAACCUGGUAUUCCUGGACUACCGGGGCCCUAUGGGAUUGCUGGAGAGCUGGGUGAAAAGGGCAUCAUUGGGCUGCCUGGACUUCGGGGACCACCUGGAUUAGAUGGGCAGCCUGGCUUUCCAGGAGCAAAGGGUCAACCAGGCUUCCCUGGGCAACCAGGAAGAGAUGGGAUACCGGGACGUAAGGGUUUCCCAGGGGAAGCUGGUCCACCUGGUCCAACUGUAUAUUAUAACGGAGACGGAGCUUCUGUAAAAGGCCCUCCAGGAGAUCCAGGCCCGGACGGGGCUCCAGGAAUCCGAGGUGAUCCAGGGUUCGAUGGGCUGCCAGGACAGCCAGGCCUCCCAGGGCUCCCAGCCACUCCAGGUCCACCAGGCACCCCAGGUUUCCCUGGAGUCUCGGGAGCCAAGGGAGAAAGAGGGGACCCCGGGAGACCUGCCUUAGGAACGCCUGGUUCCCCUGGGAGACCGGGAUACCCAGGACCCCCGGGCCCACCUGGACUCCCUGGACCCAGCCUCAACUCUUCAGAGUGCCAGGUGGUCUCCGUUGGCCCAGACGGUGGCAUUGUCAAAGGUCCAGGACAGCAGGCCCAGAUUAGUGUGGGAGACAUGGGACAGCCAGGAUUGCCUGGAGGUCGAGGGCCUCCUGGGAGCCCAGGGCCAAGCGGGCUCCAAGGAGAUCCAGGUUACUGUCUCUGCCAAGGAAGAGGGGAUAACGAUUUCAACUUCCAGGGCAGACCUGGGCCCCAGGGCCUACCCGGUUCACCUGGCUUUCCCGGAGUGAAGGGAAUUGCUGGAGACAGAGGAUCGGAAGGUCUGGCCGGACCAGCAGGCCCUCCAGGCGUUGCAGGGGAACGCGGCUACAACGGACUCAAGGGACAGAAGGGAGACCCGUACGUUCCAGUUAGCAGAGGCCCUCCGGGAGAUCCAGGGGUACCUGGACUCAGAGGCCUCUCAGGCGAGCGGGGGAGACCAGGCCGAGAUGGGCUCCCAGGCUUUCCAGGCCGACCGGGCCCACCAGGAGACACUAGCCCAGGUCUCAUCGGAGACAAAGGCCUCCCAGGAUUCCCUGGUGCUAAUGGGCGCCCUGGGGAGCGAGGCCCUGCUGGGAUUGGUUUCCCUGGUCCGGCAGGGAUCCGUGGUGAGCCAGGUGAAGAGGGUGUGAACGGCAUUCCAGGCCUGCCUGGCCAGCCCGGACCCCCAGGUGACUGUUGCUGUGGUGGAGAGGUUGGUAAUGGACUCUUAGACACAGAGGGAGGUAUCACCUUGCCUUGUAAGAUUCCCGGAACCGAGGGUGCAGCCGGACUGCCUGGACUCCCAGGAACGCCAGGAUUGAAAGGACAGCCAGGUUUGCCCGGCAUGCCUGGAUUGCCAGGGUUUGAUGGGCAGAAAGGAGAGCGUGGUAGACCUGGAUUUGGAGGGCAGCCAGGACCCUCAGGUUUCCCCGGACCGAGAGGUGACGAGGGCACCCCAGGUCUCCCGGGUAUGGACGGCAGAGAAGGGGCUCCAGGAAAGAAUGGCUCCCCAGGGCUGCGUGGACCGAAGGGGGCCCCUGGAGAGGUGUUGGGAGUGGAGCGAGGACCCCCUGGGUUUCCAGGCCUGUCUGCAGGGCCCGGAGACAAGGGGCUACCGGGAGACCCAGGGCUGCCAGGACAGAAAGGGAUUGAUGGCCGACCUGGCAUUUCCGGUGCCAAAGGCAAGCGUGGUCAGGAUGGUUUCCCUGGCAUCCCCGGUUUGCCUGGUCCCCCGGGGGCUGGGGGUUUGGAUGGCAUUCCCGGCUCUCUUGGACAAGCCGGGAGAGUAGGCUUCCCAGGAGCACCUGGCUUUCCAGGGCUCAAGGGCUCAUCGGGGGACCCUGGCCCCCCAGGGCCCGCUGGUAUGAAGGGCCUACCUGGGCUCCCGGGGGCCUCGGGACUACCGGGGCAGAAGGGGUUCCCUGGCGGACCCGGACCAGAAGGGAGAGAGGGUCGGCCAGGAGUAAAUGGAAGAAAUGGUGAAAAGGGCUCCCCUGGCAUGGUAGGGUUCCCAGGAAUGCCCGGCACCGCAGGACUGCCAGGGGCCCCGGGGCUGAAGGGACCGCGUGGGUUCCCCGGCAGGGUCGGACCUAGUGGAGAAAAUGGGGGGCAAGGACAGAAAGGUGACCGUGGAAGCCCAGGUGUGCCCGGUGAGAGAGUGGUCCCACUCCAUCUCAUGUCAAAAGGAGAGAGAGGAGACAAUGGAUAUCCAGGAACAAAUGGAUUCCCUGGCCCACGAGGUGAUAAAGGGCUGCCUGGGCAGGGAGGUCGCCCAGGCCGGCCAGGUCUGCCGGGCUUCCAAGGGAAGGAGAAAGGCUCUCCCGGGGACCCAGGCUACCCAGGGCCAAGCGGACAACCAGGAUUCCCAGGACAGAAGGGCUCUCCCGGCAUCAUCGGCUUCACAGGGAUGCCAGGGGAAAGGGGUUCCGAUGGGUUUCCAGGGCCUCCUGGAUUCCCAGGCAGUCCGGGGACACCCGGACAAAAAGGUGAUCGCGGCGAUGCCACUGGAUCUCCUGGAGCCCCUGGAAACAAAGGAUUCCCCGGCCAGUCUGGAACUCCUGGCAUAACAGGUAACAGUGGCCAGCCUGGUGACGCAGGUUUCCCUGGAAACCCCGGAAUCAACGGACAGAAAGGUUUGCCUGGAAACCCAGGCCGCUCAGGACUGCCAGGUAGCCCUGGUUUCCCCGGUGCUCGUGGUAACCCUGGUUUUCCCGGAUCAAGUGGACUGCCUGGAUCUCCUGGAUUCCCCGGCUCUAACGGCACCCCCGGACAAAAAGGUUUCGCUGGCCCCCCUGGUCUGGAUGGUCUGAACGGAUUGCAGGGGCCAAAGGGCCCACCAGGAACACCAGGUCUGAGUGAGCCUGGGGCUGCUGGCCAGCCUGGUGCCCAGGGACUCAAGGGGGAGCCUGGUACUCCAGGAGCAGCGAUAGGGCCACAAGGCUUCCCUGGGCAGAAGGGUGGCAAGGGAGAGCCAGGUUCUCCCGGUGUUCCUGGCUUCCCUGGGCUCCCCGGUCCUGCUGGGAUUUCCCUGCCCUCAAACAUUCCCGGGAGACCGGGCGAUAUGGGCCCCCCAGGGCGGGAUGGUGAAACAGGUUUCCCAGGCAGAACUGGUCCCCCCGGCCCCCCUGGUCCCAGGACUGCUCAAGGAGAUAGAGGGGACCCAGGCUUCCCCGGCGUGCCAGGAUUACCCGGGUCAAAGGGAGACCGAGGACCCGCUGGGUCCUCGGGAAUCCCAGGGGCCCCUGGUCUCAAAGGUAGCCGUGGAGACCCUGGCAUUAUGGGAAUGCCAGGCACAGAUGGAUUCCCAGGAGAUCCUGGGUACCCAGGACCCAAAGGUCAAAAAGGGAGUCCAGGUUACAAAGGAAAACCAGGCCCACCAGGUCAGACCUAUCGUCUGGAGAACAUUGUCACGCCUACUGGUGACUCUGGGCUGCCUGGAAUCGAUGGAGAGCCGGGAGAAUCAGGAUUCCCGGGACGGCCGGGAGAGAUGGGGAGGCCAGGGCAGAAAGGCCUUCCUGGUAUCACUGGGAAGACUGGAAGGAAUGGGAAGCCUGGCCCUGAUGGUGUUUUGGGAGAUCCUGGUCCCGAUGGCAUUCCCGGACCCCCUGGUUUGCAAGGUGCCCCUGGGAAGCAGGGUGGAGUGGGUCUGCCUGGUAACUCUGUCCGCAGCGUCAGUGUCGGCUACACGCUGGUGAAGCACAGCCAGUCAGACCAGGUGCCCCCCUGCCCACUGGGAAUGGACCGGCUGUGGGAGGGGUAUAGCUUGCUGUACGUGGAAGGACAAGAGAAAGCACACAACCAGGACCUGGGUCUUGCCGGCUCCUGCUUGCCUCGCUUCAGCACCAUGCCGUUCAUCUACUGCAACAUCAAUGAGGUCUGCUACUACGCCAGCCGCAAUGACAAGUCCUACUGGCUCUCCACCACCGCGCCCAUCCCCAUGAUGCCGGUGUCCCACAACGAGAUCCCGCAGUACAUAAGCCGCUGCUCUGUGUGCGAGGUGCCCUCACUGGCCGUCGCGGUGCACAGCCAGGACAUCACCAUCCCGCCCUGCCCUGCGGGCUGGCGCAGCCUCUGGAUCGGAUACUCCUUCCUUAUGCACACAGCAGCCGGUGCGGAAGGGGGGGGUCAGUCCCUGGUCUCUCCCGGCUCCUGUCUCGAGGAUUUCCGCGCCACACCUUUCAUCGAGUGCAACGGCGCCCGUGGCACCUGCCACUACUUCUCCAACAAGUACAGCUUCUGGCUGACCACCGUGGAGCCGAGGCGGCAGUUCGUGGAGGCUCCCCCCUCGGAAACGCUCAAAGCUGGGCAGCUCCGUACACGAGUCGGCCGCUGCCAGGUCUGCGUGAAGAACUUGUAGUAGAGAAACCUCCACUACCACCAAGACUGACCACCAAGCCUUUAUUAAACAGGGCUUGCGUGAAACAUUGAGAGACUGCUAGACUUCUGCCAGCCCCCCCAGUGGACCGAGGGUUGGGUUUGAGUGGCUGACAGGAGUUUAAGCUUGCCAGGUUUUACACACCCCGACCGGAAGCUUCAGAUGGGUCUAAAGUAACUAUGAGGAAAGGGGCUUGAGUGAUUAUACUGUGUUAGUUUUUUUUUUUUUUUAAAUGGUGCUAUACUACUUUAAUGUUUUUAUUAAUUUUGUUUAAAGUGCUUUAUUAUUCACGGCUACCUCGGGAAGUAAAUCAAUCCACGAAACAUUUGAUUUUUAGAAUUGAUUUUAAAAUGGAAAAGGGCAUGAAUGCACUGAUGGCUGUCAAAGGAAGCUGCACACCUUUUACCAGAAGGAUGUGUACACAUUUCAAAUGGUAACCGACGCAAUGGGACUUUGUCACAGAUUACUUCAGGCAUAUCCGUAAAGGUGGGUUAUCAGGGAGUGUCCAAGUUGCUGAAAUCCACAAAGACAUUGUCCUGUUAGUGUUACCAAAUUCCUCCACAACUAGAACAGCUUUCAAUUGACUUAGAUACAGGGAUGCUAUCCCAAACUCGGACCUUCAAACUGUGGAUUUGUAAUCUUUUACUGAAUUUCUUAGUCGCGUCAAUUGUACUACUCGGCAUUCUGCUUGGACUGCAGACUCUGUUGACUGACCAGUUUGUUUGCAUUUCUCUAGGUUUGCUGUAAGGUCCACGAGCUGCUUGCCACUGUGCCACCAUUAUGUUCUUUUAUAUCUUAAGAUGACGACUGUCAAUUGAAAAUCAGACUUUUUUUUUUUUUUGCUUCUCAUAAUGCUUUUAUUAUACUAAUGCUAAUGGAAAACAACUUUCUGAAACAAUAUAUACUUUUAACUCUAACUUCUUUAUCCAUACCCAUCUGUGGUGUACAUAUUUCAUCAUUUUAAAAUAUUUUCAAUAUUCUGUUGGUUUUAUAUAGCUCUUGGUGUAGAUCGCCACAUUUAUUUUACUUGGCCUGCAUCCAAAAUCUGCUGUCAUUAUUUUAAUCUGACUUCCACUGAUUUUAAAUUUAGAAGAGGGGCUGAUUCGUGACCACUAGACUGUCUUUCACUGUAACCUUUUCUUUCGGAGGUAUCCUUGAUUACACUAUUUAUGUAAGUAUCCAGAUGGUGUAUAAUUAUUUUACUAUAUUCAAACCCCUAUUGGCAUAAAUAAAAAGUUUAAUACUGUCGGGUGUAUGUACAUUUGACCGCUAAAAAUCACUUUAAUUGUACCUGUAUUACAUUGUUGUUUUUGCUUUGUUUUAUAAUUCCAUUAUAUAUUUUUUUAUUGUUCAUAUAUAUAGUGUGAUCAAUAAAAAAUUGAAUUAUAAAACAAAGCAUAUAUACAGUCACCUCCAGAAUUAUUGGCAACCUUGAUAAAGAUGUGCAAAAAAGGCUGUAUAAAAUAAACAAAGGUAUACUUUAUGCUCAAAUAUGGGAAAGCUAAAUUUGUUUACACUAAUACAAUUGCAAUUAUUUUUUAAUACUUUUUUUCUCAAAGAUGUGUCAAAAUUAUUGGCAUUCAUAAAGAUUCUUAUAGCUAAAAUCAAAGUUUUAAAUCUGCAUUAACAUUCUACUUUUUUUUUUUUUUUUUUUAAGUACAUCUCAGUCU